ACCCGGGAGUUUCCCUGGAGGCAGCAGCAGGACUGGAGCUUCCCCUACCGCAGGCAUUAGUUUCGCUGCUCUCGAUUGCCGUGCGCGUGGCGCAUUCGCGUUGAAACGCGUCAUAUCAUAGACGGAACGGGGCACUCGAGAGGCGGAACAGGCACGGCAGAUACGACGAGGCGCCCUCAGCGCAUGCGUCCCAUCCCACGUAGCUCUUAGCAUUCUAAACUCCCAUCCACUGGGCAAAACUGCGGUUAACCAUUGGGCGUUAGUCCUAUGCGUAAGUCCGCAAACGUGUCCCAUCGUACUACCGAUUCUGCUAUCAGCUGGCACUGGCAGUGAUCUACCCAGCGUCUGCAAUGGCCCUGCGAACGGCGUCCAAGCUCUGCGCUCUUCAUUCCGCCGUGCUCCGCUCGUCCCCUUCCCCCGCCGCCGCCCUUCCCCCCGCUCUAUUUCCGCCUCGCACUCUAGUACCCGCCCUCGAGGUUCAGGGCUUUGGCUUGCACGGGGCUCUUCCGCGCGCGGGGACAGGGCGGAGGGGCAGCAGGGCGGGGGAAGCGACGUUUGCGGUCAACGCGGGUCAAGGGGGCGUUGCGCGUGCCAGCAGCAGUGGCAGCAGUGGCAACAGCAGCAGCAGCAGGACCAGCAGCAGAAGCGGUAGCACCAACGCUAGCAGAACCAGCAGCAGCAGUAGCCGCGGCGGCAGCAGCAGCAGCAGGGGCAAGCGCGGGAACUCUGGCGAGAGACGCGGUGGCGGAAGGUUGAGUUCGGGCAGGUCGGACGGGGCCAGGGGAAGAAGGAGGCAGGGCGGGGAAAGGGGGCCAACUGGUUGCGCCGACGGGGAGAACCAGGGGUUACAGCGCGACUGGGGAGGCGUUCCGCCCGAGGGGGAGGGGAAGGACGCGUGGCAGCGCGGGGUGGGGGAUGGCGCACUGGAAAAAAUCCAAGAGGCAUACGAGAAAGGCACGUGGGGAGGGGAGAAGCUGGGGACAUGGGCGAAGAAGAAGCUGCAGCAGGGGUACGGAUGGCGGGCGAAGGCGGCUGUGAAGGAGUGGGAGCUGAUGGAGGCGCGGUGGAUGCAAGAGGACCGCGAGAGACUCAUCGCUGAGUUCAACGUGGUGGGAGGGAGGCGGAGGAAUGGGGAGUUUCUUCGGUUGAUGGAGUCCGCUACUGGGGGGCGGAUGAGGGAAGGCGGGAUGGAGAGGGAUGUUAUGGAUGGUGACAGUAUUGGUAGUGAUUAUAGAGACAGUGCCGUUGUGGAGAUUGGCCGUGAUAUCUUGAGUGACAGCACCGAGGGCAGCAGCAGCAGCAGCAGCAGCAGCAGCAGCAGGAGGGAGCGGGUAUACCGAGCAGUGGAGAUCGACCGGGCGGCAUUCGUCCGGAAGUUUGUGGUGCCGGGGCUGAGGGUGCCGCCCGCCUCGUGCGGCCCACUGGUGAAGCAGCUGGCAGCAGCAGGGUGCCUGCUGGACUGGCCCCGCCUCAAGAACGUGGCGCGCGUGGCGGGGGAUGGGGGGGAUGGUGGGGUUUCAGGGGAUGAGGCGCGAGUGGUGGGGGCUGGUGAGCAAGAGGUAGAGGGGCGAGGGGUUGAGGGUGGGGAGGGGGUAGAGGCGAAGAGAAAAGGGGACAAGCACAGGAGGGGAGACGGGCCGAGGGACGAUGAGAGCACAGCACGGGUAGAGUUUCUGGGUACAGUGCCCUUGCCUGAUGGCCUCCCCUGGCGAGACCAGGCUCCACGCUCCACCCCACCCCUGCAUGCCACCAGCCAUAGCACGAGCCAAGGCAGCAGGCAAGGCAAGCCUGCGAGUCGCAUACUUCUGCUUCGCGAAGAGCUUCUUCACACGCCCGUGCACAUGCUGCCGCCUGUGCUGCAGACCAUCCUUGGCACGGCGUCACCCCAUGGUGGCACAGGCGAGGGAGAGCACGCGCCAACUGGUGCAGCGGCUGGUCAGGCGCGCCCAUGUGAUGCUGACAGCAGCGAGGGAGGGCAGGCUGGACGCAAGGACGGAGGAAGCAAGGAGGAGGCAGAAAGCACUGGGGAGAGAGACAGGAAGGGGGGGGGCAGGGAGGGGAUGGUGGAGGGAGCGGAGAUGGUGGCGUGUGGGGUGACGGUGGGGUACGAGUACUGGACGGCGGAGGACGUCCUCACGCACGUGCUGCCCAGCCAUGUGCCGGUGCCCACGUCGUUUGAGAGCGUGGGGCACAUCGCACAUCUGAACCUGCUGGAUGUGCACCUGCCGUACAAGCACCUCAUCGCCCAGGUGCUGCUGGACAAGCACAAGCCGCGCAUCCUCUCUGUGGUGAACAAGACGGCGGCCAUCCAUGCCGUGUACCGCACCAUGAAGCUCGAGCUCCUGGCGGGCAGCUUCCGCCUCGUCACCACCGCCAGGGAGAGCGGGCUCGCCUUCAAAGUCGACUUCGCUCGCGUCUAUUGGAACUCUCGUCUGGCCACGGAGAGAGCGCGCCUCGUGUCAACCUUUUCCUCGUCCGAUGUUGUCUGCGACGUGUUUGCAGGAGUGGGGCCGAUUGCCAUCGCUGCAGCGAAGAGGGUGAAGCGCGUGUAUGCCAACGACCUCAACCCCUCGGCGCUCACCUUUCUCGCGCAAAACAUCAUUGCCAACCGUGUGGAGGGGAAAGUCGAGAUAUUCAACUUGGACGGUCGUGAUUUCAUCAGGCACCUGCUGUCUCUGCCCCGCCCGGUGCAGAUGAGUCGGGUGGUGAUGAACCUCCCUGCAGACGCCAUUGAGUUCCUGGAUGUUCUGAAGGGCGCAUUCCCUCUGGCAAAGUGGGGCACGAGGACACCUCCGCCCAUCGUGCAUGUCUAUGCCUUCUCCAAGGCUGCUGACCCCGAGCUAGACCUCUCCCAGCGGAUAUGGUCAGUCCUAGGCCACACCAUGACGGACAUUGACUUCCACAGGGUGCGCCUUGUGGCGCCAUCCAAGUGGAUGGUUUGCUGCUCCUUCAGGCUGCCACCCACUGUAGCAUUCGAUUCCUGGUGAUAGGUACCUAGGUAUGCAUUGGUGUAUGGGAGAAUACAUUUGAUUCAGUGGCUUCAUGGCAUGCUUGUUGAUUACUUGUACGGUAUUUGGUCGACCUAGAGAACAGUUACCAUCAAGGCAGGAGUGAGGUGAGCACAAGGAACCACACUCCGGCAUGUAUCGUCAAUUGUGAUUGACAGAUG